AACCCCUGGUCAGUCGAUAUCUUGCGCACGGCGUGAGAGGCACGGAGUAUCGUUGCAGGCGUUGUCUGCGCUCUUUCGAUACCGUCUACUGCUCGUUCGUAUCCCGAAAUUUAAACCGUCGAAUAAUGUGUAUAAUUCGAACAUUUUAAUAAAGUGUAUCGUGUUAUAAAUCACGAUAAAACAACUUAGUUACCGCCGUGUAUUUCGAGCGACGGUGAUUGAUCGCAAUCGCUAUAUAAUUUAUUCUCAACGUAGGUCAAGUUCCGCAUGCACGGAGCGGUGUUGGUGGUCGUUGUCGUUUGUGUUUAAAAGAUUCGAUGGUCGACAGGUGUGCACGUUUUUUUAUUCCGCUUCUAAUAUUGAUUCCCAAUCGUUCAAGUUUCAUGCGAAUACAUAGAAGUGUCUGCUAAUGUAGUGACGUACCAAAAGUCGUGCCCCUUUCUAUGAGUGACCCGCCAGGGUGGAGAUACGAAAGGGUUGCUUCAGGCUCCCCAUACUUUCAAAUAUUUCACCUUACGAGGAAUCUCAUGUACCAAUAUACCUGAUCAGACGACAACAAUAUAAAUAUGUGAGGGUGACAUAGACAAUGAAGUGCAUUCGCAAAUAUUGCUAAAAAAUAAACUAUUCUCAUUAAUGCGCGCACUAGUGCUUAAAUGAAACGGUGGAAGGUGAUAGCCGAUUUUCGAGUGCGGAAAUGAACCUGCUACCAGUCGACGAUAAAGUAUCGCGGAGGGGUUGAAGGCGAUUAGGGCGAGGUUGUCGCGCGGAACGAAACGAAGAUAGGCGGUUCGGUGUUGCUUGAAAUGGACUCGGUCGCGGUGACAGUGCCGCUUCGUCAACCGACGAAGAAGAUGAAGAAACGGAAGGAACUGGACGCGUUAGCGCCUCCGCACACUGUCUCCCGCCGAAGUUCCGGAAAGCGUAGUUCUCAAGAGUUACUAUCAGAUAGCAGCGACGAACGAUCGGAAUACUGGAAUGUAUCGACUAGAAAUGGCCGCAAAUGCAGAGGCAGAAGAAGUCGAGCUUGUCCUGGAUUUUUUAAAGCUUGUAGUGCCUUUCUGGCUUGUGCCUCUGUAUUAGCAACCGCUAGUUUAAUUUGGCUGUUCAUCGACGUUCGUCAGCAACUCACUGCGCUUCGGACCGAACUGGAUCAAGUGAUCGCAGGUAGCGAAGGUGUUCCAGAUGCUUUGCAGAAAUGUCAUUCCUUAUCGAGAGAUCUUCAAAACAAUCAAACUAUCAUCUUCAACCACUUGUCGGAUCUCAAGGUUCAAAUCAAUAAUUUUACGACGCAGUUAGCUACUAUUCAACGUGAUCUACAUAGGGUAGAGGAGUGGUUCAAAGAAGCCCCCCAAUUAGCCAACGUACCAACAGACUUGAAAGCUCUGUCGAGCAGUGUGGUGUCGUUUGGUAGCCAAAUACAAGAUUUGAGUGCCACAGUGAAGACUCUGAAAGAGUCUAACGCGAAGCUGCAAGAUGUUCAGGCCACUAUGCAACAGAACAUCAGCAGCGUCAAGAACGCCAUGACAGAGUUGUCAAAUGUCACCCAAAGACCUCAAAUGGUGUCCACAAACGAGACGAAGAUAAAGACUGAUCAGCUGAACGCAACGAUUUUACAAUUAACUAAUAAUCUGUUGAACAUUAAUGAAACUUUGUCUAGAGAUGUGCAAUGGGUCGCAGAGGACCAAAAGAAAGAUCAUGAGAUGCUGGUGUCCCUCCAAGAAACAACACAGAACGUUAGCAUGAGAGUGAUAUCCUUAGAGAGGGAAUGUGUGAGGAACACGGAAUUGAAAGUGAGCGAGAUUUACGCAGCAAACACAGAGCUUAACAAGAAGGUGAAGCAAUUGGAGCAGUCGUAUGGUGAUUUAAAAAAUUCUACGAGUAUAAUGCUCGCGGCAGUGCCAGAUAGUCAGAGCCAAAAAUUGAAAGAGAAGGUUUCAGAGGAAUCUUCCGUUGGGAAGGUAACGACUGACCGGAUCACAGCGUAUUAGUCUCGGAUGAUGUGUCUGUAAAAAUAAAAUCGUCAACAGGUAAAUCAAAACGUUUCGAUGGCAACCACGUAAUAUAUUUUAAGCAAUAUAUUACGAUGAUACUCGGUUUUGUAUAAAGACAAGUUUGUUCACGUGAUGGAUGAAGUGAUGUGUAUUUGUAUAUACAAUUUAAAUUAAGUAAAAUACGUUGAAAUUCCAUGUACAUAUACGGAGAGAAAAGGUGAAAAUAUUUAUGUCAUGGAUCGUGCGGUGAUCUAUCUUGUACAGAAUUAUUGAAAAAUACAUUUUUUAAGUUGAUUACGUCACUGUGGACCGAGAAUGAUUUAGAGAAACCUAUUUAUAAUAAUGAGCAAUAACACGUAUACGUUGAAUCUAGAAUAUCGUCCAAGUUAAAUACUGUGUAUUUAAAUGCCGUGUUAAUUGCCAAUUUCUUAAAUACCACGACUGUAUGCGGAGCUGAAUUAAAAUCAGACACACCAUCGAAAAGUACAAAGAGCGUUUACACUUGUUCUUGUAUUACAAACAUUCUGAAAGCGUUCAAAUCUUCGUCGUCCACGCGUGAUCGCAAUACAUUUUUCUACUCUUCUACUGUUUAUAGCGCAGGCAAACUUUAGCGGAAUUCUAUGUAAAUCAUUCGAAGAGAAGUUAGAAUCAAUUAUUCCGUUGUACAUAGUGUAUACGUUGUUUCGGUAGCACAUAGAAUAAUGGAGCGUUAAUUAAUCAAAAGGAAAAUUAAGCGACACGUUAGGUAACGUGUAGCAAACAAACUGAUGCAUUUUUAUGAAUCUAAAAGAGACCUAAAUACCGAAUAUUGAUUGAUUUACGCCCCAAUUCGGGCACAUGAUUGUUUCUUACACAGGGUGAUCAGUUUUUAUCCCUGAGUAUGAAUGUAUUUCAAAAAAUAGGGGGCCCCGAAGGAUAUUAAGAUAGCAGGACAUAGAAGUGGAGGUGUUAAAAAUAUCUUAAGAUUGUUUAUGUUUUCUUAAAUGACAUUUAGUAUAUUGUUUGUUACAAAGUCAAGUUAUAAGUGUAGAUACUAAUAUUUAAAAAGAAGAAAAUAUAUGUAUCAUCUUAAAAUAUUUUUAAUGUCUCCACCAUGAAUCUUAAUUAUGUAUAUUCUAAUAUCCAUUCUUAGUUCCUUUGAUUACAUCAUAUUUUUGUUAAUUGAAUGUAGUUUCUUGAAAUACAUUCAUUUACAGACUAUUCAAUGAAUGAACUUAUAUAAAUGAAUUUAAGCUCACUGUAUAUCACGAAAGAUCCACAAUUAGCGUUAUUAUAUUUUAAAAUCGGUUAUGUUAUGUAAGAAUAGAUGUAUGUUGAUUUCCAAAUCCUAUGUUUGAAUGUUGUGUAAUAUUUAACUAUCAAAUGAACUGUAGCGAUUCCGAGUAAUAUUUAAACCUGUGUCCGUUUAUACUAACGAAAAGGCAAGGAAUAAUGUAUUUGCAGAGCGAAACGAAAGGUAAAUGGGUUAUACGAAAGGAGAAUUAUAUGAAAUUGGUGACUUUAUAAAAAGGAACACUAAAUGCAUAUAUAAACGACAAUACGUCGACGUGUGAAUAAAAAAUUGAUUACCUAAAUUCAA